GAAGAUCACUGAUACUGAAGCCAAACAAGAUCCUGAGAAAGAUCAACAAAAGUAUUCUCUGAGCGACUUCCAGUCUUACAAAUCCUUUCAAAUUGGGCAAAAAUGAAGUUUCCAUUCAACUCCAACAUUCUUUUAGUCCUUCUUCUUGGCGUUUUCGCUCAUCAAGCCUAUUCCAUUUGCUGUCCCUGGUAUUUGAACAAGGAUGCCAAAUGCCAGUGUGACGAUGGAGGAUUAGUCCACCCAUGGGACUGUUGCUCCGAGGGGGCGUGCAACGUUUUCUGUUGCAACUGUGGAGGACCUUGUCGAGUAAACGCUACAGACCUUUCUUGGGAAAACAUUCUACCCACCUUGGAAAAUCGCCCUCGGCGUGCUAUUCCAGACGAGGAACAGGGAUACAAUCGAUUGGAGGACCCGAAUCGACUCUACCAUGAAUUAAUAGCCAGUGCAAUGCAUUUUGCUAGCAUUGAUCAAGAUGGUGACCAACAACUCAGUUACGAAGAAACACUCUCCUAUCUUUCCAAGACCAAGAAAAACUUUGCUCAUAGAUUUCGCAACCCCAAAGAGGCGUUUUGGUUCAGCAACAUGGACAAGAAUGGAGAUGGGCAUAUCCAAUUAUUUGAAUUUGACGAGGACGUUCAACUCUUCGAGUCUUUCCUGGGCAAGCAAUGAAGAGAGAACGUUGUCAACUUUAUUUAUUUAGCUUGCAAUUAAAUGAACAUGGACCUUUGAAUCAAUACAAGCUGAACCGCAAAACCUUAACAUAAACGAUGAUAUCUAUA